AUGUUUGAAACAAUAACGCAAGCAUCAACAAUAUCUGCUCCAUCAAGAUGGAUCAGCUUAACGAACGUGACAAGCACAUUAGCAGCGACCACAAACUUUGUGGAUUUAAAUGCAACAAAGUCAUUUUUGAAUGUCACAAAUGACGUACUUGUUGGUGAUGGAAAUGAUAGUGAUUUAUUUCAUUUGUGUGAUCCUGGAAAUGCAGAUUUUAAUUGUUCUGUUGAUGAUUAUCUUAGCUUUCAUUUGGGUGCCAAACAGAUGCCACUGGAGACUGCAAUAUGGGUUACAAUCUUAUAUGUCGGCGUCUUUGUAACGGGAGUUUUUGGAAACUUAAUUGUAUGCGUGGUCAUCGUUAAGAAUGCCUCAAUGCAUACCGCUACAAAUUAUUAUCUAUUCAGUCUGGCUGUGUCGGAUCUCUUAUUUCUAAUGAUGGGACUUCCGUAUGAUUUGAGUCUCUAUUGGCAUCAAUAUCCUUACAAUCUAGGACUAACAUUUUGUAAAAUGAGAGCUUUAAUAUCAGAAGCAUCAACGUAUGUAAGUGUGCUAACGAUAGUGGCAUUUUCAAUGGAGAGAUUUCUUGCCAUUUGUCAUCCACUUCAUUUGUACACAAUGUCGGGUUUACAGCGUGCUGUUCGAAUAAUUGCUGCGUUGUGGGUCGUAAGCUUCGUGAGUGCCGUGCCUUUUGCUGUUUUUACAAAAAUCCAUUACUUACAAUAUCCAAAGACAAAUCAAGAUAUUCCUGAUUCAGCAUUCUGUGCGAUGCUUGACAACCCAGAUAAGUUUCCAUUAUGGGAAAUAUCAACGUGCAUCUUUUUCGCAUUCCCCAUGGUGAUCAUGAUAAUCUUAUAUGGUCGGAUGGGACUUAAAAUUCGCUCUAGAACGAGACAGUCGGUGGUAUUAGGUGUCACACACUCCAAUUCCGUUCAUGGUGAAUCGAAACAGACGCAGUCGAGGAAAGCUAUAAUAAGAAUGUUGGCCGCUGUAGUCAUCACAUUCUUUGUAUGUUGGGCGCCUUUUCAUGCUCAGAGAUUACUUUACCUUUACGGCAAAAACAUUGAAUCAUUUCAAAUGCUCAACCAAUGGCUAUUUCCAAUGAGUGGGUGGCUUUAUUACGUAUCAUGCACAAUAAAUCCAAUUCUUUACAAUGUAAUGUCACAUCGAUAUCGGAUAGCAUUUAGGGAGACUCUUUGUAGUCGAAAGCGUGGAUUCUAUAGUAGCUCAAAUGGCUUUGCCAGAGAUCAAUCGAGUUUUAGAGAAACGACAAUAGCAGCAACCGGGAGAGAUCAUAAUCUCAAUUAUGAGGGUUCACAGUUGCUUCGAACGAAAUCGACGUUAUCGCAUCGAUGUUCACGUUAUAGGGAUAAUGGAAGACUGAAUAGUAGUAUUCGAUGGAAGGAGAACAACGCAAAGCGUGUGGAUUCAGUUAAAAGCACAGACAGUACGCAAUCAACGCAAUCAACAAACGGCAGCUCAAAUGUAAUUGUAGUUUGUAUUGGAAAUAGCUUUAAGACAAAAUGCUUCACAACAGCCAAUACGUCGCAAUCGACGACCACGCUAACCACAACAACAUCUCCAUCUUCGCCAUCUCCAACGUCAAACAUAAAUUUAUUGUCGUCAAUGACAUCAUCAGUUAAUCACUGUAAUAAUGGUAACAAUAAGCUAAACCACAGUCCUGUGUCGAGGACGCCAUCAUUACGAAUGGACUCACAGAUGAAUAAUUUACUAGAAGAGGACGAAGAGAGUUGCUUCGAAAUUGAGAAUAAUAAAAUCAAUAAUAAUGGAGAGAAUGAGAAGUUAUAUGUGAAUGGUAAUGGUAAUCAUCCAUCAUCAGGAAAUGAUCUGUUCUGUUGCGGCAAUGAACAAGCACGUAAUGAAUUUAAUAAAAAUAGCUUCAAUAGCAAUCAUUUGGUUACCAAAAAGCACGAACAACCGCAAAAUUUAUUAAUUAAUUGCUUGAGUGACUUAAAAACAGAGACAUGUAUAUAA